GUAAUGAAUCAUCACCCCGCCAAGCACGGCCCUCCAUUCCCAAAAGGAAGAAGUAAUGAAGAACUCUGCAUCAGCGACCUCUCUUCCUCUUCCUCCAAACUUCCAUGACACUGGUCAAAUUCCACAUCCAGCAACCCCAAAAUCCCUAAUUAAACUGUUUUCAUUAAAAAAAUAAUAAUAAAAUUAGGAGAAUUUCUUCAAACGAUUGUUUCAUUCUUAAAUCCCAAUUGACCUCCUUUUUUUUUCAAUUUAAACGCAUGUUUUGAUCAAACCCGAGAACCUUUCAAAAUAUAGUUUUUUGAUUCUUCAUGGCGACCUUUGUUGAAGAGAACCCUUUAAUUCUUCGAUCGUAAAAAAGAGAGACACUUUCUGGGUUCGAAAAAAUGAGUAAUUCGCAUGGAGCCUGUCGGACCUUUUUUGAUGUCAAUCCCAUCCUUACGAUGGGGACACAGGUUUCAUGCAUUCUUGUCAUCUCUCACUUCUUCCACAUUUUGCUCAAGCCAUUAGGCCAGCCAGGGCCUGUCGCCCAGAUUCUCGCAGGCUUCGUUAUAGGUCCUUCAGGGUUGUCAAGAAUACAAUCUAUCAAAGAUUUCUUCUUUCCUCCUGAUGCUGGCAAUCUCUAUGAAAUCAUGACGAUGCAGGCUAGAAUUGUAAUCAUGUUCUUGAUUGGACUGGAGAUGGAUUUUCCUUAUCUUAUACGCAACCUACGCCAAGCAAGCAUUAUUGCUUGUGGUAGUUGCUUAAUGUGUACCUUAUUUGCGAUAGCUAUGACUUCCUUCAUCUAUCAAGAGACCAGCUCUUCCGGUUCUGCUGUUAUGAUGGGCAUAAUGAUUUCUAUAGUAUUGGCUAAUACAGCAUCACCUGUUGUGGUCCGAUUAGCUGGUGAUUUGAAGAUUGCCACUUCAGAUGUUGGGCGAAUGGCUGUAUCUUCUUGCCUAAUUGCUGACAUGUAUGCUGUGUUCUUGUUGGUUAUAAACACGAUGCACAGGAGAACAUCGUAUACUACGGGGAAAUGGAUUUUAUUGGGCAUCCUUUAUUUUGUCAUUGUUGUUGUAGUUAUUGUCCUCAACUCACAUGUUGCCAAGUGGAUGAACAGGAGGAAUAGGAAUCAGAAGUACUUGAAAAACACUGAAAUAUUUGGUUUGCUGGCGAUUGUCUUUGUUACAGCCACGGGUCUUGAAUCUAUGGGAUUCAGUAGUAUAGCUGCUUGCUUUCUUAUUGGCUUGAUGUUCCCUAGAGGAGGCAGAGCAGCUCGGACAUUGUCAAUCAAACUCACUUACGCAGUUCAUAACUUCAUACUACCUGUUUACUUUGGCUACGCUGGGUUCCGUGCAGAUAUGAGUACCAUUGAUGAUCUGACAAAAUUCUUGAUUGUUUUUGUGGUUCUUUUACUGAGCUUUGGUGGGAAGAUCACUGGCACACUUGCUGCUUGCUCUCACCUCAAGAUUCCACUGAAUGAGGGAGUCCUCAUUGCCUUUUUAAUGAAUUUGAAAGGACAUGUUGAUCUCCUGACAAUAAGCUUGGCCGUUCAAGAUGCAUUGGCGAAUUCUGCAUUCUGUGACUUGAUGGUAGCAGCAAUAGUACUGAAUACAUUGAUCUGGGGACCAAUUAUAUCAUACAUGGUUAGAAGAGAACGUGAGAUCCUAGGGUACAAACAUAUAGCAUUUGAAUCUCAAAAUCCAGAUGGUGAGAUACGAUUACUGACCUGUGUAAGUGGUCCUCGAUCAGUUGGAACCAUGGUCGGACUUAUUGCUUCAUUAAAAUUUUGCGAAGGAGUCCCUGUAACCCCUUACCUUGUACACCUGAUUGAGCUGCCAGAGAAAACUAAUAGCAACUUGAUGUAUCACCAGAAAGAAGUAGAUGAACUCAGUGAUGAUGAUGACUAUGGGGGUAAUGAUGUAGUUGAAAUCAAUGAGGCAGUGGAUAUCUUCACGGUGGAGACUGGAAUCAUGAUUCAUCAAGUAAAAGUGGUGUCACCAUUUGUUGGCAUGUACUCUGAUGUGUGUGAUUGGGCAACAGAUGUAAGAGCGUCAAUAAUUAUCCUUCCCUUCCACAAGCAUCAGAGAAUUGAUGGAAAGUUGGAGAGUGGCAAGGAGGGUAUAAGGAUAACAAAUCAGAAAGUCCUUCGACAUGCCCCAUGCUCGGUUGCCAUUCUUGUAGAUCGAGGACUGACAGCUAAUAGCUCUCAUUUGUCUGGAUCUGAUUCUUUGCAGCAUGUUGCAACUUUGUUUUUUGGGGGACCCGAUGAUCGUGAGGCAUUGGGAUUCAGUAAACGACUUGGCAUGCAUCAUCAUAUUAACCUCACGAUUAUUAGGUUCAUCCCAAAAUCAGCUAGGAGAGAACUUGUAGGGGUUAAUUUCGCUAACCAGGAGAGAGACGUUACGAUGGCAGUACCAGAUAGAGAAAACAAUGCAGAUUCUGUAGUUUUGUCCGAGUUCUAUAACCGGUACGGGCCAAACUCAUCCGUCUGUUUCCUCUUCUUCUUCUUUUUGUUAGUUUGUUUGCCUGGUAAUUUGUUUAGAUUAAUCUUGCUCCAUCUUUCUGUCUUCCAGUCGACAUGAUUUGCUCUUUAUGUAUUUCUGAUUAUUGAGGUGCAGAUUGUCACGCUGAUGAUGGUUUGCUGAUGAAUUGCUGUAGUACCAAUAUAGUCAUUUCCUUUUCUAAUGCCUUCAGUCAUUCAGAGCAAUAUUUCCUGUCAUUCAUUUGCUUUCUUAAGUCCCCUGUAUCUGGUUUACUGUAAUCGCAUGUAGUUUAUGUAAAUAGCAUAAAACAUUUUUCUCUGACCAGGGCCAGUGUGCAUAGGUUUGCCAUUAUCAACGUGACUCAAUACUCACUGCUUCUACACAUUGCCUUAUUAUUAGGUAUGUAACAUCUGGACAAAUAGGAUUUGUAGAGAAGCAUGUCGAAAAUGGUGCAGAGACUGCAUCAGCUUUGAGGGAUAUGGCAGACAUGUAUUCAAUGAUUAUAGUAGGAAUGGGAGGACGAAGGCAUUCGCCGCUGACAACUGGGAUGAGUGACUGGGAAGAGUGCCCGGAACUUGGUACUGUAGGGGAUUUCUUGGCUUCACCAGACUUUGAUCUUGGUAGUUCAGUGUUAGUUGUCCAACAAUACAGUUCAUCGAAGAAUUCAACUGACAAUCGUUGAGGAUUAACCAUCAAGAGCGCGUGAAAUUGUAAAUAAUCAGGAGAGAGUGCCAAUUGAAUUGCAGAUAUUUUGAUCCUCUUGUACAUUUCUCUAUGACUAAGGAUUCAUUUAGAUUAUUGAACCAAGGGAAUUGCAGUUGAAGAAUUGGAACAGAACAGGAUGGAGAAUAUUGAUGUCUUCUUGUUCAUGGCCUUGCUACUUGGGGAAUGUACUUAGCCUGACUAGGUGGUUAGAAUUUGUGUACACUACCUUUAGGUUAGCAUCAUCAGCUUAGGAUGAAAAGAGCAGUCCAGGUUUUUCAAAUUGAGUUAUGUAGUACCUCCAUUGUACCUUUUCUUUUCCACUCUUUCAACCGUUAAAGAGCAGUUGAAACUUUAAAAGUUUUGAGAAAAAUUUUCUAUACAGCUGCUGUACCACAUAAGAUUGUGCAGCCAGACACAUGAAUAGAGCAAGAUUGUAAUUUUAC